GUUUCAUGUUGGGAUGGAGCAGUGGAUAGAUUUUGAUUUGGAAAUGUAAUGUCUGAAUUUCUCAGUAGAAGGUUACUGCUGAGGAACACGUCUGGUGCUGUUUUGAAUUGGUUAUUCAGUUUUAAUGAUGUUUCAGUGCACCAAUGGUUGGUUUUAUUAUCAAAUAUAGAUGCAUUAUUUUUUUGGGAGGAAAUUUCAUUAUCUUUGUAAGGCUUUCGUUCCCCUCCCUCGUUUCACAACCAUUGGCUGUGUUGCUUGUAAAAGGUGGUGUAAUGUAGAUUGUGGUAAGCUUUGUGUUUUUCUCUCCCUAACUUGCCGAUAACGCAGGCGAAGUAAUUAGAACCUGUAGGUCAGUUAUCUUAAUCAUUUAGUUUGCACAAAGGAGUAUAAUUAGGUAUUACAGAAUUAGGAAUUAGUUGUGUAUUUAUUUCGUAAUUCUACUAAUCGAGAGCCGAUAAAGUUUCGAAGGCAGCGUGCUAGUUUCUGUGCAUGCAUGUGGAACACCUUCACGGUUGACGCUUUCUUUUUCAAUCCUUUUCCUCUGUUCUGUCUUUUCCUCUGUGUCCUAUUUGUUUGUGUUGGUAAACACACCUGUUUUGGGGGGCUUAGUCGGGCUCUCAGUUGUCUGUGAAUCUGGAGGGGGCAGAUUCCUCAUCACCAGCUGGCUGCCCCCCUACUGCCCCUACCCCAUCGAUAAACUCCUAUGACGCUCAAGUGGACGUUCCCUCUCCCACCUGUGACAUAUCACCCUCCUCCACCCCAUUCAUGUUUGAUCUCCAUAUAGAUGAAGAUCACUCCAUUAUAAGCGACGCUCCUUCAUCGCCUACUACGACAUCUACAUCCGAAAGCCUUCAGUAUUCCCAGACUCAACAGAUAGACAGUUGUGGCGACGUUAGCCCCGAAGUCCCGCAUAGCGUAACGGUCUCCAGUGCGAUAAAGUCUCUAAAUCAGGCCAGCGAGGUGAGACCUGCUCAUGUGGCACCAGCUAAAACCCCCGCUAUUAAAAGCUCAACGUCACCGUCUACGACCAAGAGCCCUAGUCCUGUUGCUAGCGGCCCGAGUCCACUCACUGUUGGCCAAACCCCUCGCGCCGGUCCUGCUCCCGGGGACCCUAGCGGUCAGGCAGAGGCUGCCAGGAGCCUCAGUCCAGUGCCACUCUCUAAAAGUCCAGAAGCUGAAGCUCAUAGUUCCCUUGAAAUCAAGAAGGUUGCUAGUCCAGUUCCGCCUCGCAAAUGUGCAAGCCCCGUAACGAUACCAAAGGUAUUUGGUUCGGCUAAAACCCCUAGUCCUAUGGCCGUUCCUAAAAACCUUGAGCCGAUCCCGAGGGGCUCCAGUCCGGUGACCGUUCCUCGGCUCUCUAGCCCGAUUCCAAAGUGCUCCAGUCCUUUCACAGUACCUAGGGUCUCAAGCCCCCUAACCGUCCCUCAAAGCCCGACGCCAGCCUUAGACACCGUCCCAACGUGUGCCAGUCCGCUCCCGGUUCAACGGAUCGGCAGUCCGUUGGCGUCCUCGCUGUAUCAGAGUGCAGCCGAUAGGUGCCCCAGCCCGGCCACGGUCACCAAAAUAACCUACACGGUUCCACAUGCUAGCAGUCCCCGGGCCUCCCCCAUCUCCCUCCCUGCCGUGUCCUCCAAUAGCAUGUCACCCCCCCAUAAAGACCCUCCGGACAGGGACUACUCCUGGCCGUGCCGGGCUCCGUUAUUGAACGACGCCCUGGACAAACUCUUGGCUCUGGGCCCGGGCGAGAUGCACACGAGGGGGGGCUUCGACGACGGGUUCUCCGACCUCGGAGGGUACUCCACUCGAGGAGGGUCGAUGCAAGGAGACGAGGAUAGGCUGUGGGACGACGAGGAAGGGAUUUACCCCAGUCUCAGCCGGGACGGGACCUUGACAUCUAUGACCGACUCCAGCUGGAUGGAUGAGUGUAUGACCCCCUCUACCUGCCCCGGGACCCCAGACGUCAUGCAGGAGCUGCCCUCGCAGCAGCCCUCCGCCGUCGAACGCUUAUCCGCAUCUGGACAACUCAAGGCGGUCAUUCGCCGCACCAAAGAGACCACCAAUGUGCACCCCAUGUACCGAGAGGGGCUGCUGCGGCGCAAACUGGGCGCCGUCCUCGUCAACAAGAGCAACUCUCAGGACCGGCUCAUCCAAGAGCUGCAGGGGAAGCUGGGCAUCGGGAAGGCGGAGCGCCGGCGCAAGCAGCAGCCCGACGAUUGGAUGACGGAGGGGGUCAUUGUCAUGUCUAACCCUCAGCGCACGCGGGAAGAAGGCGGGGCUCCGACCGUGGAUAAGGUAGAGGGGAGCGUCCGGGUCGAUAGAACCAGACUGGUGUUAAAAAGACAGAGCUGGUACCAACGAGUGAUUGGCACCGUAUUAAGGGAUAAGAGCUUUGAAGAAUGACUAAAGCAGAGUGGGUUUAAUCUACGCUUUUCCAACCCAGCUGCAUUUGGACUUUGAGAAAGAA